AAAUACUUUUUCAGUUAUAAUACUUGUUUUGUUUUAGAAAAAAAAUCMGAUAAAUUUCUGUGUUUUUUGUUUUAGGACUACAACUCCCAGAGGCGCAUGCUCGUCAUGUGACAGCUGUGUUGUUUGGUCACGUGACCCAGCCACUGACAUGUCAGCGCURCGUUUCCUUUUUUCCGCGGUGUCACAGGCUACAAAGCAAAGCAACUAGUAACUUUUCAUUUCUGUGGCAGACGACCCACUGCACUUUAGACAGGCGAUUAAAAACAARCCAAAUUGACAUUCCGGCUUGUUUUCAUUGUAGUUUCUGUGUGUAUUUGACUGAAUUCAUGACAGACAGUGGKAGCCCCAGCGGCUCCCCGGCAGGCCUCGCUGUUCACCGACAGAGCAUCAGUCCUCACGCCGCUGUUGGGCGCACCCUGCUCGGCCACAGCAGCGGCAUGGAGCCGGCGCGUCGCUAGCCUCUUGCUUUCUGUUUCUGAGAGGGAGGAAUAAAACACAGCGAGAGAUGAAUGGUUUCGGAGAAGAAUUGUUUAGUUUGGUUGUUGCUGUUGGAGUUUGGAUGUCAGAAUGAACGGGACUUCUCAGAGUGAUGCAAAGAGACAGCACCUCCUAGAACGGCUGCUGGAUGCUGUUAAACAGUGCCAAAUCCGCUUUGGAGGACGAAAGGAGAUCGCUACAGACUCGGACAGCAGGGUGAUCUGCCUGUGUGCCCAGUUUGAGGCGGUGCUGCAGCACGGCCUGAGGAAGAGCAAGGGUCUGGCCCUCACCGCUGCUGCUCUCAAGCAGGCUGCAGGCUUCAGCAGCAAGGCAGAAGCAGAGCUGACUUUUUGGUUCUACGUGAAGGAGCACCUGAACCGCCACGAGCUGCAGCGUUUCUAUUCCCUGCGACACAUCUCCUCGGAGCUGGGCCGGGGUCGGGCCUGGCUGCGCUGCGCCCUCAACGAGCACUCGCUGGAGCGCUACCUGCACACGCUGCUGGCAGACCGGCCACGUCUGGGAACUUUCUAUGAAGACUGGGCUUUUGUUCUGGAUGAAGAGCGGGCGAGUAUGCUCCCCACCAUGGCUGCAGGUUUGAACUCCAUUCUGUUUGCCAUCAACAUCGACAACAGCGACUUGAACGGUGGGUUAAUGCGAGCGGGCUCCUCGGUGUCCCACCUCCUCAAGGAGUCAACACAGGGCAUCGGCAGCCUUCUGAAGGAGUCCACUCAGGGAGUGAGCAGCCUCCUGCGAGAGAUCAGCACUUCCACGGCUGUGGUGCCCGGCUUCAGCCCGAGAGUGGACGGAGCCUCUGACCCGCUGCCCGUCCUGCCCCGCAGCACCUCUGCUGACUCAGGGCUGAGGAAAGAGCGGCGCAGGAAGAAGAAGAUCACCAACAUCAUUUCCUUCGACGACGAUCUGGACUGCGGGGCUGAGGACGAGGAGGAGGGAGAGGAGGACUCUCACAAGGCGAGGGCGAUGAGGACGAGUCGCGCCGCUCCAGCUCAGAGCAGCGUGGAGGAAGGCGUAGACCCUCUGGGGCCCACCCUCUCCGGGUCCCCAGCUCAGAACGGCUUGGAAGAGCCGAGUGUAGUCAACUGGGUGGGCUCGCCACACCCGUGCCGCACGGCUCCCACAGCUGCACCCCCUUUGCCUGACAGUAAGAGCGUGGACAAUGAGGAUGAGGAGGAGGAAGAGGAGGAGAUGUACAAACCCAGAACACAAACACAGGAGGAGGAGACAAUCCCCACUGAUCAGAUGGUGGUGGGCAGUCUGUCCAGUGUGUCCACGUGGAGUCCUCUGCAGCCCAUGGUUAACCAGAGCAGCUCAGACAUCCUGAUUCCUGUGAAUCCUGCAGAUCCUCAGACAGCGAGCUCCGUGGAGGACGCGGCUGUGUUUCCUGUUCAGUGUGACUCGACAGAAUCGGUGGAAAWUUGUGAGAGCAGCAGAUCGCAGCUCGCUUUCAAUAUGGAGUCCAGUCCACCAGUGCUCUCUACUCCACUCUCCACUAUGUUGCCAACAUCCAGUUUACCAGAGUCCARGACAGUGGUGGAGCUGCGUCAGGCCAUUGUUGCCAUGAUGAACAGGAAGGACGAGCUGGAGGAACAAAACACGUCUCUUCGCAGUCUGUUGGAUGGAGAGAUGGAGCACUCGGCAGGCCUGAGGCAGGAAACCGAUUUAUUGAAGAAGAAGCUGGCAGAGCUGGAAGAACGACACACAGGCAAAGUGCAAGCGCUGGCUAGGGAAAAUGAAGUCCUGAAGGUCCAGUUGAAGAAGUAUGUGGGUGCAGUGCAGAUGCUGAAAAGAGAGGGUAGCCAGGACAAUGAUGGCUUGUCUGUGUUGCGGUCAAAUGAAGACCAAGCCCCCGUCCUGCAGAAUAAAUCAAUGGGUGACAUUGAGGAGUUGGCGGCCAGCUAUGAGCGCAAACUUAUUGAGGUGGCUGAAAUGCACGGUGAGUUGAUAGAAUUUAAUGAGCGCCUCUACCGUUCCCUUAUGGCCAAAGACCACCUCAUUGUUCAGAUGAGACAGGAACUCAUUGACCUCAGAGGACCGGUUCCAGGUGAUUUAAGCCAGACGUCAGAUGAUCCCAGUCUGUCAGAUUUUGAAACGGCUCAUCGUGCUCUCAUCAAUGUGUGGAUCCCCUCUGUGUUCCUGCAGGGCAGAGCUGCGAACGCCUACCACGUCUAUCAGGUAUACAUCCGCAUCCUGGAUAAUGAGUGGAACGUGUACAGACGCUACGCCGAGUUCAGGGAGCUUCACAACCACUUGAGAACCAGGUUUCCACAAGUCGACGCCUUUGUCUUUCCACCUAAAAAAGCUAUUGGAAACAAGGAUGCCAAGUUUGUGGAGGAAAGGAGGAAACAACUGCAGGGCUACCUUCGCAUGGUGAUGAACAAACUGAUCCAGACYCUGCCAGAGUUCACAGCCCACCCCACCAAGGAGACCCUGCUGUCUCUGCUGCCUUUCUGUCAAGACACACCACAGGCAAAUGAAGGUGGAAGCAAAACGCCUCGAUCCAGAACUUCAUCCCGCUUCCCCAGACUGGGCCGCAGCCGCACCCAGGAUGCCAGACCUGAACCUCAGAGCGGUGACCUUUGAGGUACUGAGUUACAACUGUGGAAAAACACAAUGUUUUGUCGUCUCUGGACUGUGACACGCACUCUCGCUGGGCGCGAGGACAUGUGGGGCAUUAAAUGGACCUUAAACGCGUCGAUGAAAAGCCUCAGUCAAGAGGUGGAGACGGAUGUGGGCCACUUUCGUGCGCUGGCUUGUCGGAUAGACUCCGGCUAAAACCACCUGCUAAUGCAGCACCUCUUACCUCAAUGUGAGACCAAAAGACUCCCUGGAAACUGCACAUGAAUYAACACGAACUGCUCUUAGUAAUCUCAAACACUCAGUAAAAACAAGGCAAUUUUUUUUCUUAAAGCUGCUUAGUUUUGUAGUAAAAUUGCAUCAUUGUCUCGGUGCCUCCAGUGUUUUCCAGCUGCUUUCCUGAUCCAAGCUGGAAGGGAAGGGUGUGCAGAGGUGAAGCAGGGGGAAACUCAAGACCUAUCUUGGAAAGAUGAGCAAUGUUUUUCAGUUUUUAUGUCAGCAUUCUAGUGCCACAUUUUAGACAAUGAUUCAAUCAACGCACCACCAUGCUGCGGGCUUUUCUUUUUCCUGCCUAUAUCAUGCUGUUAUAGCUUUUAUAAGAAGAAAAACAUGCUGUAACAUACUUUAUCGUCAUCACGGAAACUUGUCAUUUUUAAAAAUCUACUUUAAAUUACACAAUAUGGAAGAYCUUGUAAUGGACUGCUAACCUGUUAGCACUUUGACUCUUGGAUCCAGCUUAAAAAAGAUGAAGCAGAUAAAGAAUGUAGGAAUGAUUUAAUCAAAAAUA